GUGACGUAAGAGCCCGUCUCCCGCGCAGGCGCAGAGUGGGCUCGGCGCUGUGAGGAGGAGGAGGCGGCGGCGGCGGCGGCGGCGGCCAUGGCGCUCAACAGGAACCACUCGGAGGGCGGCGGCGUCAUCGUUAACAACAGCGAGAACGUUUUGAUGACCUAUGAUCACGUAGAAAUUACCUUCAGUGAUAUUGAACCUAUGCCAGAUGCCUUCAAAGGGACCAAGAAAGGGAGUGUUUUCUUGACUCCCUACCGAGUUAUCUUUGUAUCAAAAGGAAAGGAUGCUAUGCAGUCUUUUGUGAUGCCCUUUUAUUUGUUGAAAGAUUGCGAGAUUAAGCAGCCUGUCUUUGGAGCGAAUUAUAUUAAGGGUACAGUGAAAGCAGAGGCAGGAGGUGGCUGGGAGGGAUCUGCCACAUUCAAGAUGACCUUUUCAGCUGGAGGCGCUAUCGAGUUUGGGCAGCGUAUGCUGCAGGUGGCAUCGCAAGUCUCCAGAGGUGAAAUACCCAAUGGAGCUUACGGCUAUUCCUAUAUGCCAAAUGGAUCCUAUGCUUUCGCACCAGCUGCAGCUAAUGGGGGCUAUCCAUACCCACCACCUCCUCCUGAGUUUUAUCCUGGCCCUCCUGUGGUGGAUGGAGACAUGGGUUACAUGCAGCUUCCACCCCCACCGUACCCAGGGCCCAUGGAACCCCCGGUCAGCGGUCCAGACCUGCCCACCACUCCUGCAGCUGAAGCGAAGGCUGCCGAAGCCGCUGCCAGUGCUUACUACAGCCCGGUCAACCCACAUAACGUCUAUAUGCCCACGGACCAGCCACCUCCUCCUCCAUACUUCCCACCAGAGGACAAGAAAAACCAAUAAGCUAACACAGAACUUCUCCACAACUCAUUGCUUUCUUACUUCCCAUUUUGGCAGAAUCCUGGGGCAUGGUCCAUAGCACUGAGGAGUAGAGCCUUCCCCCAAGGCAGAUAGCUUUCAUGGACUCUAGUGGUAGAUAGAGCAGAGCAAGGGGAGAGAUUUCAGCAGCCUGGGUUACCUGGUAGAGCUCUGAGGGUUUGCUGUCCUACCGCAGUAUUCCCUUCUCCCCGUGUGCGGCUUCACUAGAACUGGAGGUUCUCUUAAUCUGUGAUUGUUUCACUUACGUCUGUUUCUUUUGAUACUUAAAUUAUACCUCUUUGGAGUAAGCAGCUGCUCCAAACAGUCAAUUAACAUGCUCAUAAUGUGGAAACAAGGCUUUUGCGGAUGGUGUGGUGGGUGUCUUGAAUUUACCUUAGUGUGCAGCCGAGAACAUCUCUGGACACAGGGAUGUCUCUGGGUAUUCCUUGCAACCCAGAGUAUCACAUCCAAUUUUUCCCUCUGCUACUGAGAAAGGACUUCAAAGGGAACCUUUGGUAUCUCAGAGGAAAUAGAUGUCUGUUACAUUUUUCAGGUAUCUAUUAAACUUUCUUGGUCUUUUUAGCAAAGUCAUUCCUUACAAUCGUAGCAAAUAAUCCGGUAGCCCUCCAAAUUUUCCUGCUGUGCACUGUGUAUGAUGAUGCUGCCAGGCUUCCCUUAAGAAAACAUACUACUCUCUACAGGGUUGAUUAGUAGCAUCUAACUAGUCAUAGAUCAUAUGGGAACACUAAUUUUCUGUUGUAUCUUUUUUCCAGUUAGAUAUGUGGGCUUGAGAUCACUAAGUCCCAAAUAUUCUCUUUGUAGUCUAUAAUGCACUUUUUUUUUCCUUUGCUGUAACCCAAGUUACACAUUUUGGCCAGUGAAGCAACUUACUGCUGUGAUUUAACUGGUGAAUUAAUAGCUGAUGGGGAGAAAAUAGUUGCUUUACUUCUGACCUGGUAGCACUUGAGAGAAUAUGCAAAAUGUUGGAAUAAGCUGUUAGGUGCAACUGAGCUGCUCAUUUGAAUGUUGUUUAAUGCUGUUAGCAUUCCUGGAUCAGCUGUGAAUUUAUUUCCCGGUGUCUUGUACGUGGGCUCCUUGGACUGAAGGUUCAAGUGUUUUCCUUCCGCAGCAUUGAUUCAUUGAUCUCAUUAGCAACAACUCUAGUAUGCAGAACCUCUGCAGGACUGAUCAGAAUCCAGGUUGUAAAACUUUGCAUUGUACAAAGCUUUGCACAAAUCAGAUUUUACUGACUUCUGACAGCUGUGAGAGAGGAAAUCCUUCCCAGCAAGUGUGAAGAAAGAUUGUGUGCUAGGAAACUGCUGAGACUUGCUGCAUGCAGCCUGCUUGGAGAGAAAAAAGGUCCACCUCCUUGUUUUCUUUUUGUUUGAGUCUAGCUGAUUAAUCAAAUUGCUACUGUCUGUGCACUGACUUUUCUAGAAUUGCUACUGCAGUGAUGUAAAGAAAUGGUUAUUUUAAAAAAAAUAUUUAUUUUGAAAAUGUUUGAUUAAUAUAUUAAUGUGAAAUGACUUUUGAAUGCAGAUUUGUUUUGCCAAGACUGUGAAGUAAAGAGAAAUCAGCUCAAAA